AUGGAACGAACGCGGCUCAUGGGUUCGGCGGGAGCCGAGCUGCCGCGGCAGCAUGACAGGAAUGCGGGGUGUGAAGCGACUCCCCAGCGCAGGUCGCUCUCGGGACGCUCGGGAGACGGGGCGACAGAUUCUGAGAACGAUGAGGGCUGUCUACCGUCGUCUCUCGGCGCGAGGCCUUUUGAGGCUUUCCCAGCGGAUGCGACCAUGUCCGAAGGUGCGUCGAGUCCUGCAGACUCCGCGCGAAAUCUCUACACCGAGACACCCCAUUCUUCCCCUGAAGCGAGCAGCCGCCGCGGACAGCGGAGUGAGGAGGGAACUCUGGCCAAGUUUUCCUCGCCUUCGACACCACCGUUAUUCCAUGGAGUACGCGACCCCCACUCCGUUUCAGAUCUCAACAACAAGGAAGCACAUGCGCUGCUCCCUGUGGCGCGCGAAGGAUGGAGGGCGGAUCCUGUCGUGAGUGACCACACAGAUCGCUCAAGCGAUGCUCCGUCAAGCGCGAGUGCUUCUCGACGCCGAAGGGGCGCCGAAGAGAAUCCACAGGGGUCUAGACUAAUGGGCCUUGUUGAGCAAGCUCUCGCAAGCCGGCGAAGCGGAAUACCCUACAUAGGUGGAGCGGUUUGGUCUAAAGACGGCAUCCCCGCUCCAGAUCCGUUUGCACCAACCCCAGAUGUGGGCGCGCUGUUUCGAAAAGGCGCAAAGACCGGUCGCCUGCGCCUGCGCUGGGUCAUCCUCGAAAACUUCAAAAGUUACAAAGGCACGCACGUAAUCGGGCCUCUUUCUGGCUCUGUCGCUGUCAUCGGACCCAACGGCGCAGGGAAAAGCAACUUGACAGACGCCGUAUGUUUCGCGCUGGGAGUUAACGCCAAGCAGCUGCGCUGCACCCGCCUCAUCGAGCUCAUCCACAGCAGCGAGUCCAGGGCGUCUCCGAAGUCGCUGCUGGCACAGACGGACGACGAAGGGCACGAUGCGCACGGGCAACCGAGCGAAAACUCGGCGGAAGAACGACUGAGCGCGUCGGUGACGCUCCACUUCGUUCGAGGCUCCGUCCCUCCUUCGUCGCCGCUUCCGGAGCGCAUUUCCUUUACCCGGCGCAUCAGCCACUCUGGCGAAUGCUUCUAUCUGCUGGACGACGUCGCAGUUCCGCUGGCGGACUACCGCGAGGCCCUGCGGAGACACUGCAGCUGCACUGUACAUACACUGCAGGCGAUGCUCAUCUUCCAGGGCCACAUCGACGCUUUAGCGACAAAGAGCGCGCAUGGCCUUGCCGGCCUCGUAGAAGAAAUCUCUGGCAGCUCUGAGUUGCUUGAGUCGUAUCACGAAGCCCAGAAGGCGGUUCGCGAGACUCGGGAAGAGGCGAGACGCCUCCUGGCGCGACGAAUGCAGCUUGAACAGGACAUGAAAGUUUUGAGAAAGCAGAAAAACGAGGCAGAUGCGUACGAGAAGGAGCAGCGGCUUCAGAAGGAGCAGCAGGACGAGCUCUUUCUGUUUCGCCUCCUAGUUGCAGAGACACUCCGCGCUGAAGAAGAAGCUGCCGCACGGCGUGCCAGGCAACAGGAAGAAGAAGAACGUGAGCAACUGAACGCGAUUCUCACCGAAGCUCAGCAGGCUGACCGCCACCGCGUGGCGGCGCUGUUACGAGUCCAGAAGGCCAAAGACACUCUCGCCGCGUCCACCCGCAGGAGCAACGAGCUGCGGGGGGCGUAUCUGGCGAUGAUGGAGCGGUUCAAGUUUCUCGAAAAGGAGCGCGAGGCGGCCGCGCGGCAGCGGCUGCUGGAGGAGUCUCAGCGUGAAGAGCUCGAGGCCUUCGAGGAGGCGCUAAAGGGACAGCUGAUUCGCGCCGCAGAGAAGCGCCGCGCGGUCGAGGCGCAGCUGAUGGCUGAGAAGGAGAAAGACGACGAAGCGCUUUUGCCGGAAGACCAGAAACUCCUCGAGACGCUCGAAGACGAAUGGGAGGAACAACACGCCCUGCAGCAGCAGCGAAUUCGAAACCACCAACAGCAGCUGCAAGCCCUGCGCACCGCCCUCGACCUGCUGCUGCGCGAAGAGCGCGAGAUGCAGGGGACUGUGGAAACCGUGCGCGAGCUCCACGGCGAGGCUGCAGCGAAGGCCGUGGAGGUUGCGGACGCCCUCCAGCGGCUGCUGACGCAGGCGCAUGACGCGAAGGAGAGCCUCGACGACCUCCGAAAACUCGCCUCGACAAGCAAGCAGCAGCGCGAGUCGCUGUUGCGCCUGCAGCGCGACCUCGGCGACCAGCUCGCGCAGGAGCGGAGUCUGCAGAUGGACGUCCGCCGCGCGGCGCAGGAGCGAGAAGUCUGCACGCAGCUGAAGAAGCACGUCUCGCACUCGGGAGUGCACGGAUCUGCCCUCGAGUGCUGCCGGCCAGCCAACAAGCGCCUGCUCGUCGCGACCGCCGCGGCCAUGGGCGCCAAGGCUAACAGCCUCAUCGUCGACUCGCACGCCCUCGCGCUGAGAUGUGUGGACUACCUCAAAACGGCGCGGCUCGGCAGCCGCGAGUUCCUACCCCUGGACGCUCUCCGGCGGAACCAGCUGAAGGGACACAGCGAGAGCUCCUUCGAGGGCGAGGACGAAGACGACGAAGGCGGCCGCGGCGCCGUGCUGCCUCCGCCUCCCGCCGCCGACCUGCCCCCGGGAUGCCGCUGGGCGGUGGAUUGCGUGUCAUUCCAGGAGGGCUUUCGCCCCGUCUACGAGUUCCUCCUCUCGGAUUGCAUCAUCGUCCCUUCGCUGGCCAUUGCGCAGGAGCUGAAGUUUGGCGCCUCUCAGGCUUCCGCGCGUCCGCUGCUCCACCGCUACCGAUUCGUCACGCUCGAUGGCGAGAAGCUUCAGUGCGGCGGCGUAAUCUCCUUCGACCUCGGCGGCCUCACGGGGCGCUUGGCUGCGCGCUGGGAGGCGCAGCAGCAGGAGCGGCUCGUGGAGCGCCUCGAAAGAGUCAAGGAGCAACUCCACACACUCGAAAACGCUGAGACCACUAACGCGGAGCGUCUGCAGCAGCGCACAGCUCACUUCGCGCUGCUGCAUCGGCAGAGCGUUCAGCUGCAGGCGAAGGCGCGCGUCUGGGAAGACCAGGCAGAGGCGAAGAGCAAGAAGCUCGCGGAGCUCCAGGCGCAGCUGCAGAGUCUGCAGGAGCGCGUCGCCGCCCGCAAAGAGGAGGUCGCCACCAAGCAGCAAGAGCUUGAGGAGAUCCACGCGAGUCUGCAGCAACAGCAGCAGCGGCACUUUGCGCGUCUCGACCGCGCCGUCGGGCGGGUGCAUGUCCACCUUGAGCACAAGCGCAGGCGGCAGCGCAUCGAGGCGCUGAAGGCGGAGUUGGCGGGGCUGCAUGCGCGCGAGAGCCAAAUGACCGCGGAGCUCGCCGACUGCAGCGACCGCCUGCGAACUGUCCAGCGGCUCGCUAGCGAAGAGGCCGUCAGAGACUGGCAGCCGCGCGAGGAAGACGAGAAGCGCCUGCUGAAGCAACUCGAGCUGACAGAGCGCGACGUGGAGGACGCGGAGAAGAAGAAAGGCGAAGCUGCGCGCGAGUUCAGGGACGCGCAGCAGGAGCUAAACAGCCAAGAGAAAUACCUGCAAACGGCAAUGGUACAGCGGAUGUCUCUUUUGUUGCAGGUUCGGGAGCGCGAAGCGGCCUCUAAGGCCCAGCAGAAGCGCUUCGCGAGAGACGCAGCCGCUGCGGAGGGGCGCCAGAAGCAGCAGGUUGAAGAGAGCUGGCAGAUCCUGCGCCAGGCCGACCAGCAAGGCGUUCGCCUGCCGCUCUCUGCGGGCUCGUGGCGCGGCGUGCGCGCCUCCAUCUACGCGGUCGACGCGGACAAGCGCAAUGGCGAAGAGGCACGCGAGGCGGGCGCCAAGGCGCAGGAGAUGAACAGGAGGGAGGACAGGCCGACGGCGCCCAUAAGCCGAAGACGCAGCGACGACGUUGACGGCGAGAUGCGCGAUGCAGAGGCAGGCAACGAAAGCCAAGAUAGAGAGGACGGCAGAGACGAUAUGGGCUUCCCCGAAAGCAGCUGGAGAGAGCAAGGCGCCGUGACAGAAGACGAGAAGCUCUUUGCCAUCGACUUCUCAAAACUCGCGGCUGAGAAAUGCGAAUUCAUCGCGCAGCACAAAGAUACGCCGUCGCUGCUGUUCGAGGCGGCGAGCUCGCAGGAGGCGGAGUUCCUCCGCCGCGCGGCGCGGCUCCGCACGCUGCAGCCGAACCUGAAGGCGACGGAGAAGGAGCAGCGUGUGCGCGAGCAACUGGCAACCGUCGAGACUGAGACUGACCGCUGCCAGCGCGAAGGACGCCGCGCAGAGAAUCGACUCGCGCGGCUGCAGCGCGAGCGCAACGCGCGCUUCCUCGGCUGCUUCCAUCAUUGCAAACUUGCAGUGGACUUCUUCUUCAGAGAGCUGACCGCUGCCGGCGUGCCCGAAGAGGAGACUGAGGACGGCCGCCGCGGCUGCGGCUCCACGCGGGGCUUCGAACGCAUCGGCGGAAGGGCGUACCUCGACCUCGAGUGCCCCUCCGGCCGCUCCAUCAGCCUUGACGAAGAGGCCUUCGCGUGCGGCGUCUCGCUGCUCUGCAUGCCGCCGGGGAAGCGCCUGCUGCCGCUGCAUCUUCUCAGCGGCGGCGAGCGGCUGGUCGCGGCUCUGGCGCUAGUUCUCGCGCUGCUUUCCUUCGUGCCGCACGUCCCCUUUCUGUUGUUCGACGAAGUGGACGCGCCGCUUGACAGCCAACGCCGACGCGCCCUUGCGCGCGUCCUGAAGCUGCUUCCGCGCCAAGCAGGUCUCCAGGUUCUCUUCAUCUCACUCAAAGACAAAAUGUUUUCAACCGCCGACAUGCUCGUGGGCGUCGCCAAGCAGCCUGCAGUCGGGCUCUCGCGCUGCUUCUUCCUCGACUUGCUGCCUUACCACUCGCGGCGGGGUGCGUCCGCGCAGGCGCCACGCCCCCGACUCGCGGACGCCGACCCGCGCGACGCAGAGGGCGGCGACCGCGUCGGGACUUCGCGCGACGAUAUCGGCAAUCCGCGCCUCUCGCCGUCGCUGAGUCAGGUGCGCAGCAGCAGCUCCCUCGGCUCGCGGCUGGGCUCCAGCGUCUUCGACUCGCGCGGGAGGAAGGGCGCAACGCAGACGGCUGCAGAGGCGAAGCGCGCAGACGCAGAGCGGCGCAAGGCGGUCACGCCGAGUGACCUCGAGGGGGAGAUGGAUAGCGACACGUGA